UCUGUGUCCUUCUCAGCGCUUGUUGUGGCUGUCCUGCGCUUCAUUCAGCUGAAGCCGAAGCUGCUAAACCCUUGGCUGAACAUCAGCGGCCUGGUGGCUUUAUGCUUGGCCUCUUUUGGGAUGACCCUACUCGGCAACUUUCAGCUUUCCAACGAUGAGGAGAUCCACAAUGUGGGCACGUCGCUGACCUUUGGCUUUGGGACCUUGGCGUGCUGGAUCCAGUCUGCCCUCACCCUCAAGAUCAACCUGAAGAAUGAGGGACGGAAAGUUGGGAUUCCACGAGUCGCCCUGUCGGCCAGCAUCACCCUCUGCGUAGUGCUCUAUUUCAUCCUCAUGGCGCAGGGCGUCCACAUGCAUGCUUCCAGGAUCCAGUGGGCCCUGGUGAUGUGCUUUCUGUGCUACUUUGGCACCUUUGCAGUGGAGUUCAGGCACUACAGAUUUGAGAUCAUUUGCUCUGAGUACCAGGAAAACUUUCUGAGCUUUUCCGAAAGCUUAUCGGAAGCCUCCGAGUACCAGACAGAUCAGGUGUAGCCUGACCUCUGGCAGGGGGGAGGGGGGCAGGUGUGGUCUCAUGGGUUAAACAUGACCUCAU